AUGGAGGGUGCAAGUAGAUUAAUUCAAAAGUUUAGACCUUAUUUGUUAAUGAUAUUUUUGCAAUUUGGAGCAGCAGGAACGUAUAUUGUGAUUAUGGCUACUCUUAACCAAGGUCAGAACCGUUACGUUCUAAUUGUGUAUCGUAAUGCUAUAGCUGCUCUUGUCCUUGCUCCUUUUGCACUCUUCUUUGAAAGGAAAGUGAGACCGAAGAUGACACUAUCGGUUUUCUGGAAAAUAAUGUUACUCGGUUUCUUAGAGCCAAUCUUGGACCAGGGUUUUGGUUACUUAGGGAUGAACAUGACAUCAGCUACAUAUACAUCUGCUAUCAUGAACGUUCUUCCUUCGGUCACAUUCGUAAUCGCUUGGAUUCUAAGAAUGGAGAAAGUGAAGAUAGUAGAAGUAAGAAGCCAAGCAAAGAUAGUUGGGACAUUGGUGGCUCUUGGAGGGGCAUUGGUAAUGACACUAUACAAAGGUCCGCUUAUUCCUUUACCAUGGUCUAACCCGGACCAAUACAAUGGAAAUACCAAGAGUUCACAAGACCAUAACCAUUGGGUUGCUGGGACUUUGUUGAUACUCCUCGCUUGUGUUGCUUGGUCUUGUUUCUAUGUUUUGCAGUCCAUAACGAUCAAGAAGUACCCUGCUGAUCUUUCACUAUCAGCCUUAAUAUGCCUGUCCGGGGCUGUCCAAAGCACCGCAGUAGCGCUUGUGAUGGAGCGCCACCCGAGCGGAUGGGCGGUUGGGUGGGAUGCACGGCUUUUCGCACCUCUUUAUACGGGAGUAGUCAGCUCGGGGUUAACAUACUACGUGCAAGGGAUGGUUAUGAAGACAAGAGGGCCAGUUUUCGUUACUGCCUUUAACCCUCUCUGCAUGGUUCUUGUAGCCCUCCUUGCUUCUUUUAUUCUCCAUGAACAAAUCCAUUUCGGAUGUGUGAUAGGAGGAGCUGUGAUCGCGGGGGGUUUGUAUAUGGUUGUUUGGGGGAAAGGAAAAGACUAUGAAGUAUCAGGAUUAUCUAUCCUUGAGAAGAAUAGCCUCCAAGAAUUGCCAAUCAUAACGAAAUUAGGUGACGAUAACCAUAAAUUGGCUUCUUCUAUAGCCGAUGAUGGUAGCAAUACCACCAUUCCCGCUAGCGCAAAUCGUCACAUAUCGGGAUUAUAA